AUGGCACUGAGGGUCGGGGCUGUUGCUCGUAAUGCACCGUCCUCGUGCCGCGUGGCUUACGCAGGCGUGGCAACCGCGGGCGACAUUGUACGCCGCCGUGUGGCCUGCCGCGUAGCCUCGCAGCCCCGCGAGGUCGUGCGCAGCGACUCGGUGCAGUCAAAACUGACUGCGCCGGCCGCCGCCGUGGUGCAGCUCUACCGCUACCCCGGCCUCUCGACCUCGGCAGCCACCACGCUGCUCCACAAGGCCCAGGCCAAGGCGAGUGACAUCAUCACCUCGGUCGAUGGCGAGGUCUGCUUCAACGUACAGCUCUCCGCGCCCCUCACGCCAAAGGAAGCGGAGACUCUCGCAUGGCUGCUGCGUGAGACGUUUGAGCCGGAGCUGCUGACCCCCAGCACCGUCUUGCUGCCUGGCGGGCCCACACAGUCUGUGGUCGAAGUCGGCCCCCGCAGCAGCUUCCAGACCGCAUGGUGCACCAAUGCCCUCUCCAUCUGCGCCAGCGUCGGGCUCGGCAAGGUGGUGCGCCUGGAGCAGUCGCGGCGCUACCUGCUGACGAGCACGCGGCCCCUGGACGCCGACGACAAGCGGCGCUUCGCAGCGCUG